AUGUCAGACGUGAAGACUAAAGGAGAGGGUGGGAUCAGGAUCAAAAGGGAGGUCAUAAAUCGUACAUCUAAAGCAAGAUCCGAUAUAACAGAUCAUAUGGUCGCAAUCGACAAUCUUCGUGAAUUAGAUGACUAUGAAACUCAGAAAGCCACCUGGACAAGUACGAAGCCCUUGUUAGAACGUCUCGGUGAAACACUAGAAGACGAUGAUAUCAGAGAAGACUUUUGGGCACACAGACCAAUUCACGGUUCUAAAAGAAAGAGAAACGAUUCGGUAUCUGUAAUUAUCGAACAAAUACCUAUAUUCAUCGAUGAUGAAGACGAAGCCGUGCUUGACAGCAUCAAACCCUUGACAGAAACCAGACGCGCUUCUCACACUCGGCCCAGAAAUAUAAUUCCAGCUACGUCUAAUUCAAGCCGAUCUAAUUUAUCCUUUUUGGACCAACAACGAGACAAUGUCGAAAGCUUGGAUACUCCAAGAAUCGAAACACCAGAGACUGACACCGAAAACGAUCACGUCGGAAUCUCGCCAAAAGCGCAUACGUCGGUGAGGCCAAGCGAAGGGGUAGAAGAUUUCGUGGAGGAAAGUGAAAUGAGCUUAAGUGAAAGGGAAGAAAGUUAUAUUGAAAGUAAUGUGGAAGGUGUCCAGGAAGAGAGUGAUGGGGAAAAAGAAGACAUUGGAGAUUCUUCUUCCUCUUCUUCUUCUUCUUCUUCAACGGACCGGCCCUCAAAGAAACAUAAGAUCAACCACCCGGGUUUCGUAGCAUAUGACAUUCUUCCUUUGAAUUCGUAUCCUAAGGUAAUGUAUGAAAUGAUGGCCGAGCACAACACCGACAUUCGAAUACUUGCCAAGAUGCACAAAUAUGAUCUUAAAAAGCCCCCUCAAAAUCACCCAAAAAUUGGUCACGGAAGUUGGCCAAAAUCCUCGUACCUGCCUCAUUUGAUACUCAUCGAGGAAGUAUUAUCUGGCCCCGUUCCUACACUAGCGCAACUCAUCGGCAAGAUCCCCCUCGAUGAGGAGGUAUCGAAAGUUAUCAACGCAUCCCACAUCCAAGAUACGAAGCCAGGCCACGGUUUAAAAACCUUCGAUCACAAGAUAAAAAAUACAGAAUGCACCAUCAACUGGCCGCAAUCCCUCUUCAGGAAACUUUCUAUGUUUGCUGAGGGACGAGACUAUCAAAUCAUUGAUUUAUUUAACAAGAAUGCUCUCUCUGGCUGGCGCGUUGAGGCUGGAAGCAGUGCGAUGUCUGCUGUGACAGCAGAGACAAUCUGGUUCUUUGCGCCAUUAACAGACUCCAAUCGAUUUCUAUUUCAAGAGCAUACCGAUGGAGGUUUAAAUACAUUUUGUAAUUUUACCGAGAGACUUGAAGGCAUUAUGAUGGUUACCCAGGCAUCAUCACAAGCUAUAUGGAUUCCCACAGGGACAUUAUAUUGCACCUUCGCGCCGAAUUCUUUUGCAUCAUAUGGAAUUCGAUCUUAUUUCGCCGAUCAGACCAAUCUCCACGCGAGAGCGCUAACUGUACUUUGGCCAUCCUUGAAUGAUGAGCAAAAGGACCUUUGUGCGAAGCGCUAUCUCAAAAACCUCCAGUUCGCCUUGAAAAACAAGAAGAGCACUUACCAUGCGAUUGGCGGUAUCUGCGAUAUAUGGUUCCAACAGCUAGUCCGAGGGGAAAAGCAACGAUUCGGUCCUACAUAUUUUCUUCUACACGAACGUUUCAAUAAGUCCGAAAACCUUUGGGAAUUCAACAAAACGUGCCCUUGUGGAAGAGAGGGAAGAAACCUAUUCAGAACGAUUGAAAGGACCCUCGAAAGGACCAUCAAGCAUAUUCAGGAUGAGCAUAUUUCAGAAUUAAAGAAGUGA